AUGGCGGAGUGCCCCUCGCGCAUCCAAGAAAACACGGAGAGACACCGGCCACAGCGUGCUCAAGACAGCGGCGACCGCUAUCGAUCACAACGUGCAAACGUCGCUCAAGAAGAAGACUCGGGCGACUACCUCUUUUCGAUCGGUGAAACGACAUCUGCGAAAUCGAGCGACAUCUGGCUGGUCGACUCCGGGGCGACGCAGCACAUGACGUGCUCCAAGAAGUUCAUGCGGAACUACAAGGGGUUUGACGCUGUGGAUGUCCAUCUCGCGGAUGAUGGAAUCGUCCAAGCAAUCGGCAGUGGGGACAUUGUCAUGUCGAUGAAGACACCCCAAGGGAUGAAGAAAGGUGUGCUCACAAACGUGUGGCACAUCCCAAAGUUAUCCAGAAACCUGUUCUCGGUCGGCCGCUUCACCAAGGAUGUCGGCCCAGUGACGUUCACGAAGGAUGGGUGCUAUGGAAAAGCGAAAGGGACCAAGUGGAAAAUUGGUGCCCGUGAAGGUAAAGGACUGUUCAAGCUGCAAAUGACUCCAGUGGCGCCGGAACAAGCAAAUGCAGCCAAGUCGUCGGGAUGUCAAGGGGGCACCAAGUCGUACCUCUGGCACCUUCGGCUUGGCCACAUAGGUCACGAUGGACUCAAUUGCAUCGUGACGAAGAACAUUGGAAUUGGCAUCGACAUAUCUUCGGUGAAGAAGUGGGACGUGUGUGAAGGUUGUGCUCUGGGAAAACAGACUCGAGUGCGCUUCCAAUCAAACACUACAGCUCGCACCUCCAAACUCCUCGAAGUGAUUCACAGCGACGUAUGCGGACCGAUGUCGAUGGCAACUUUCAGUGGAAAACGGUACUUCGUGACAUUCAUUGAUGACAAGUCAAGAUACUGUGUCGUCUAUCUGCUCAAGAGCAAAUCUGAAGUUGCGGCGAAGUUCAUGGAAUACGCUGCGAUGGCCGAAACGCAAACCGGAAAGCGCGUGAAGUACCUUCAAAGCGACAAUGGGGGUGAAUACAAGUCCGACAAGCUGGCACGAUUCUGCGCGGAACGGGGAAUACAACAAAGGUUCACACCCCCAUAUACUCCUCAGCUAAACGGAGUAGCUGAGAGAAUGAAUCGCACGCUGGUCGAGUGUGCGCGUUGCAUGAUGGAACACGCUGGACUGGGAAAGAGCUACUGGGGUGAAGCAGUGAUGACGGCGAUGUUUCUUCGAAACCGCUGUCCAACACGUGCCAUUCACCAAGACAAGUCUCCAUAUCAAGUGUGGACGAUGAAGAAACCGAUUCUGGCCAACCUUAAAGUGUUUGGAUGCCACGCGUAUGUUCAAGUGCCUCAAGACAAACGCGCGAAGUUCGACUCCAAGUCAUCACUCUGUCGUUUCCUGGGAUACGCCGAACACCAGAAGUCAUAUCGAUUUGAGGAAGUGUCAACAGGAGCGAUCAAGAUCAGUCGCGAUGCCACAUUCAUGGAAGACAAGUUUGAUGAAGGUCCGCGCAACUACAACGAUGAGUCAAGUGUCGUUGAGUUUGAUGAUCAUGAUGAGGACGAAGAAAAAGAAGAAGGUAAAACUGACGACGACAUGGACUCGAGCGACGAUGACAACGAAGACACCAGGUCUUCGAAGAGCAACAUCAAGAGACACACGCGCACUCAAUCACUUGAGAAAGCUACCGUCAUUCCAAGUCCCAAGCGAAGAACAUACAGAGGUCCGUCGCUUGAGCAUGUGUCAGCGGCUGCAAUGGAUUUUGAAGCAGCCUACAUCGUUGAUUCAGUGGGGGAAACGCCGACUACAUUCAAGUCGGCGAUGGAAUCAAGCGACUCCGGCAAGUGGAAAGAAGCGUGUGACUCGGAGUUCGAUUCGCUUCAGAGAAACGACACGUGGGAAAUCGUGCCUCUUCCGAAAGGUCGCAAGGCCAUCGGGUGCCGAUGGGUUUUUCGUGUAAAGGAGAAUCAAGAUGGCGAAGUUGAACGUUUCAAGGCAAGACUUGUGGCCAAAGGAUUCUCACAGAAAUUCGGAGUUGACUAUGAAGAAACUUUCGCACCGGUGGCCAAGUUCACAUCGAUUCGUGUGGUGCUCAGUAUGGCGGCUAAGUACGGCCUAAUGCUACAUCAGAUGGACGUCAAGACAGCGUUUCUUAACGGCUCCCUCAACGAAGACAUCUACAUGGACCAGCCGGACGGAUACCUGGAUGCAACACAGCCGGACUAUGUGUGCAAGCUAAAGAGAUCACUCUACGGCUUGAAGCAAUCGCCUCGCAUGUGGAACCAAACAAUCGAUGGGUUCAUGAUCAAGAUGGGAUUCAAGAAGUGCGAAUCGGACCACUGCAUCUACAUCAAGCGAGACGACCAAGACAUGAUUCUCGUGGUGCUCUACGUCGAUGAUCUCAUCCUGGCCAGCAGCAACAACGAACUCCUCAAGUCAACCAAGAUGGCGCUGAGCAAACGCUUCGAAAUGACGGAUCUCGGUGAGCUCGAUUACUUUCUCGGCAUGGAGAUCAAGAACGACCGUAAGACGGGAAUGGUGACUGUACAACAAACCAAGUUUCUCAAGUCCGUGUUAACCAAGUUCGGAAUGGAUAACAGCAAGCCAGUGAAGACGCCUCAAGAUCCCGGCCUGAAGCUAACCAAGAACAUGUGUGAACAAGAAUGCAAGCACGAAGACACCAUGUGCAACGUGCCAUAUCGAAGUGCUGUCGGAGGCAUCAUGUAUCUCAUGGUCGCCACACGUCCGGAUCUAGCUGCUGCAGUGGGAUCAUUAUCCCAGUUCUCGUCCGACCCAUGCCCGACUCACUGGCAAGCUUUGAAGCGUGUGCUGAGAUACCUGCAAGCAACGCCCAAUCAUGGUCUUGAGUUUACACGUGAAGAAGGAAGCCGUAUCUGCGGGUACACCGACGCAGACUGGGCCGGCGACAUUGAGUCAAGACGAAGUACAAGCGGAUAUGUGUUCAUGAUGAGCGGAGGAUGCAUCAGCUGGAAAAGCCAGAAACAAUGGACGGUCCGCUAUCUUCAACAGAAGCAGAACUACAAAGGAAUACUGGCGCUUUCCGAAGCAACCAAAGAAGCAGUAUGGCUCAAAGUGCUUUUGGGGGAACUUGGUGAGAUGACAAGCGACGAAGCGAUCAAGAUGUAUGAAGACAACCAAGGAUCAAUCGCUCUCGCCAAGAACCCGGAGUUCCAUAAGAGAACAAAACACAUCGACAUACGCUACCAUUUUGUGCGUGAGAAGGUGGAAUCAGGUGAAGUCGUUUUGGAGUAUUGCCCGACUCAAGAUAUGCUGGCAGACAUGAUGACCAAGCCGAUCGCCGCUGUACAAUUUGAAAACAUUCGCGAUCGACUUGGGAUCCAAGGUGCCGCAGCUAACGAGUCGAGAGGGAGUGUUGAAAAGACAGCGGCUGUGAAGAAGACACCUCGUCAAGCUGCGUCAAGUGUUGAAGCAAGUGGAAGACCAAGCUUCGCUAUACCGGUGGGUACCGGUAUGUACCAGUAA